CGCACCACACCGUCCACACCACGCAGAUUGCGCUUGACUAACCUUGGCGACGGGCGACGGUCGUGCUUCAAGGAGAGGUUACUUGAGGGAAGAAUAGGCCUAAUACUUAACACUUUUUAAUAAAAAUGGCAAGUGACAUUAGAAAAAAUGGGAAUGUCAACCCUUCUGACCUUAAACGAGUUACUGUUGUGUUGGGUGCACAAUGGGGCGAUGAAGGGAAAGGAAAAGUUGUGGAUAUGCUUGCUGCACAUGCUGAUCUUGUCUGUCGUUGUCAGGGAGGCAACAAUGCAGGUCACACAGUUGUGGUAGAAGCUCAGGAGUUUGACUUUCAUCUGCUACCAAGUGGAAUCAUCAACCCCAAGUGCAAGUCAGUUAUUGGCAAUGGAGUGGUUAUUCACUUGCCAGGAUUAUUUGAUGAACUGCAAAAGAACGAGGACAAAGGCCUGAAGGAUUGGAAGAACCGGUUAUUGAUAUCAGACAGAGCUCACAUUGUUUUUGAUUUCCAUCAGCAAGUCGAUGGUUUGCAAGAACAAGAGAAGGGCAAGCAGUCUUUGGGAACCACCAAGAAGGGCAUUGGUCCUGCCUACUCGUCUAAAGCUACCAGAAAUGGACUGAGGAUAGCUGAUCUGCUUGGGGACUUCAAAACCUUCUCUGAAAAGUACAAGAGCCUGGUAGAGUCGUAUCAACGUAUGUUCCCGUCGCUGGAGGUGGAUGUGGAGGCAGAGCUGAAGCGCUACCAACAGUUUGCUGAUGUGAUACGACCACUGGUUGUGGAGACUGUCAGUUACCUCCACUCAGCUCUGCGGCAAGGCAAGAGUAUCCUGGUGGAGGGAGCCAAUGCUGCCAUGUUAGACAUUGACUUUGGAACUUACCCAUAUGUAACAUCGUCCAACUGCAGUAUAGGAGGAGUUUGCACUGGACUCGGCUUACCUCCCUCCACCAUAGGAGAGGUAGUGGGAGUCGUCAAGGCAUACACUACUAGGGUGGGAGACGGCCCCUUUCCUACUGAACUUAAAGAUGAUGUGGGGGAUCUGCUCCAGACCAGAGGAGGAGAGAUUGGAGUGACGACCAAACGUAAGCGGAGAUGCGGCUGGCUGGACGUCCCUCUGUUGCAGUACACAUCCAUGGUCAAUGGUUAUACCAAAAUCUGCCUGACAAAGCUAGAUAUUCUGGACACUCUUCCAGAGAUAAAACUAUGUGUCGCCUACAAGAAGAACGGACAACCAAUUGACUACUUUCCUUCAAGUGCUGCUGAACUUGCAUUAGUUGAGCCGCAAUAUGAAGUGAUGCCUGGGUGGCAGUGUAACAUUGAGGAUGUGAGAGACUACAACUCUCUACCUGCCAAUGCUAAGGCCUAUGUGGAGAAGAUUCAGGACCUAGUCCAAGUACCAGUGAAGUGGAUUGGCGUCGGAAAAGGAAGGGAAUCCAUCAUCAAUGUUGAAUAACAUCAAAUACGUUGUUUAUAUUUACUCAAUUGUUAAUUUCUUCUCUGCAAGCACAAAAUUAAAGAUGAAGUAGCCAGUAAAGUUAAUCUAUUCGCUAUUAUUUAUUUAAGUGUGUUCAUGCAUUAUCGUUGCAAGGAAUGUUGUUUGUUUUAAUUGAUAUAAUAGUUCUGAAAUACCGUAAUUUAUUUGGCUGUGUAUAGUAUACAGAUUACACUCAUUCAAAAUGGAAUGAUGAAGCCUCUUUUAUAGUUUGUUUCAACUAACGUUAAAUUAGCCCCUAAAUAAGAGUGUAUGUCAAAUGGUUGUAGAUUCUUUGUAUCGAUUUAAACAUUGAUCAUUAGCUUGGCUCUUAGUAUUCAUGGUCAAAUGUAUACUUAACCAUUUGUGAACCAUUUUCAAUAGACUACUCAUUAAGGGGUUAAUUUGACCUUGUUGGAAAUCUGAUCAAAUAUUUAUUUUUUAAUCAGCUGCUGUAAAAAUGGGUUUUUAUUGGUUAAAUCGCCCAACUUGUGAUUUGAAUCAUGGGAUGUUAAAUACUUAAAAAGUGGAGAAUACAUUUUAAAUCCUCUUAGUAAAAUGGUUUUAACUGUACUAAGUAACCAUAACCACUUUUGCCUUUUAAAUGUAGAAUAAGUUAUAUUUUUUUAUACUUUUACUGUACAUUGUGAUUGGAAUUUAAAUGUAUUUUACUGUAUUGCAUACAUUAUGUUAGCAUACCUUGGUUUUAAAUUGUCGUAUACCAAAAAGAAAUAGGUAUACAAAUUUGAAAUUGGCUGGGUCCUUAUAUUUUACAAUAAUGUUUAUUUCUUUUAAAUCUUUGUAGGUGGUUACUUGUUUAUUUUAUUUGAUAGUUCUCUUAACAUUCUAUACCAUUUUUUAAUUUUUAUUCUACAUUCCUAUUUUCUUAUUAAACAGUUUUACCUCAUAUUGUUAAGUCUGUCAAUGACUAUCUUUAUUCAAGUAUUCAAAGCAACAAGACAAAUUUUAAAAUAAAUACUAGUGUGGCUGAUACAAGGGCCUUGGUAAGUGUUUAGAGACAAAUGUUUCCAACACUAUAAUCUACUACUUUUACUUAAUGUAUGUUUGGUAUAUUUCUGUGACCCAACGUGCAGUACUGGUUUCUCAAGCAAAACAGUUAAUUUUUCCAGACACUUAAGGUUUGGGGUGUUUGCCAGCAGAAGAACUAACACUCAUAUUACAAAGAAAAUAACGUAGUAUUUUGUGUUUGUUCGGACAGUUCUACAUUUUAACAGUUGUAAUGCAAACAAUAGAAAACAAGAAAUUUUGUGACACAUUUAUAACACAAAAUUCAUAUUUGUUUGGUUCAGCUGUGUGAAGGUUAAUUUAAUUUCCAGCGUUUCCAGCUCAAAUAUCUUUUAUAAGACGAAAUUACUCUUAGACGCGAUUCAAGCCUCACUUUCAUUCUUAAAAGAUAAAAAUGAAAUCUGCUAUUUUAUAUUUAGUCUACAAUUUUUCUUCUCCAGUUAGGGAGUUUAUCUAGGAUGUCGGAGAGCCUUCUAUGUCAGGGUAUUUUAUCGUGUUGAAGCCAGGAUUUGUAAUGCAUAAGAAUUUGCUGAACAAGGUCACACAUCUUUAUGCUUUCUGAUCAGGAUGUAGUAAAUCUAAGAUCAAAUAUGCUUUUUGAUAGUUCUUUGAUCAACAUUAUGGAUUUUAAUUGUAACAUACCUUACCUAGCUAUACUAGAGGCAAAAUAUCUUGAGCUUUAGCUGCAGGAAUAGAAUAAAUAACAUCAGCUAAACCAAUUCAGUCACUCCAUUCCACCUUUAUCAGCUGUAUGUACAUUGCAUUGCUCGAUAUAUUGCCGUUAAAUCUGUGCGUAAUUUAUGAGGUUCAAGAUAUUUUGUGUCUAGCAUGUAGACUUAUUAAAUUUGUUAGUAAACUGUGUUUCUAUUUUUCUUUUGAAAAAUACCCAUUUAUUAAUAUUAAACCUAAUGUUAUCGUACCAAAGAAUGAAAUAAAUGAAAGAAUAAUCCUUGUUCGUAAUAAUAUUGAAUUGUAUGUUUUCAGUAUUGAGUCAAAACACACUAAUUGUGUAUUAUUAAUACCAUUCAACUUAAUAUUUGUUUACAAUUAUGUAACGCAAAAAAAAUUGUUUUCAUAGUUUUAGGUGUAUGUCAAAUAUGUUACCAUGUAUAUUUUUGUAUCCUUAUUUUCACUCCUGUAAUUGUUUUAAUUUUAUGUUUCAUUGCCGGUGCUCUAACUUUUAAACUUGUAGUUAUUUAAAGAAAUUACAUGUACAUACGGUAUGCUAGUUAUUUCAAAAGACAUCAGGGGGGGCUAUUUUUGAUGAGUACAAAUCGUUUGGAUUAAGCUCUCUUUAUAUUUGACAAAAAACUCACCUGCCUGUGGAAAAAACUUUUACUAAAGUUUAAAAAUUUCAGUAUUUUAAAUGUGGGAAUAUUUUAAUUAUCAGUGCCUAAUAAGGUAUUGCAUGAAUAAUUAUGAAUUCUUUGUUAAUUAUUGUUUUAAUACCUACCUGUGCGAUAAUAUUUUACUGCAAUUUGUUUUUACACUUAAUUAUGAUCAUUUUAUUAUUUAUUUCUUGAAUAAAUGGUUGUUAUUAUACUGGUG